AUGGUAGUAACGCUAUCCAGUCCCAAGUGGAUUGUACGACUGGCCAAAAUAGCCUUGUCCCUGUUGACAAUCCUCGUUGUUGUCGACUUCUUUCAGCCGGUCUGGGUUACAAAGGGCACUGGCAUCGAGGCAAAGACCUUGGAUUCUUAUAGACUUCGUAGAUAUCUCAAGCUGGAUGCUAAGAGGAUUGCAAGGGAGGAGAACUUCGAACAGCAUGUAUUCCAUGGGAAAUUCAGGCCAGCCUCGAUCUCACAAUCAGCUCCUGCAACCCUUCAAUCGACUCCCGCUGUUCUUGUGGAGAACUUCCCUCCCAUAUCAUCAACACCCUCCGAGUCGUCUUACCAAUCCAGCAUAGACCACUCCCCAGCCAGCGAGGCCGAAGAAACUCCAAAUCCCUUGGUCCUUACCACCAAACCAUCAUCCUCUCAAUCCCCCUUCAAACCUUAUUUCCACACGAACCCGUACAAAGGGACCAUGUAUCACAUGUCCACAUCUAUUCAUCCUACCAAAGAUCUCGAUAAAUCGCACUAUCAGCUCAGUUCGUUGUGGUUCGUCGAGCAAGAUGGGUACGAUGAUUGGAUGAGUUUGCACGUCCAAGCUCGUUUGCCACCGAGUGUAGCUUAUCUUAAAUUUGCUUGUGUAUACACCACGGCAGAUCACACUCAGAUGGAAGAGCUAGAAGCGACUGUGACCAAUCAAGCGAGGGACGAAUACCUCCUGGUGGAAUGUCAAAUGCCUUUGUGGACUCAAGGUGAGAUGGACACGUCUGCUUCAGAAUCUGCUAGGACAGCCUUCAUGGACCUUAUCCGGAAUGGUCAAGUGGAAUUGAAAUCAUGGUACGACCUUGGUGAAUGCGCGAUAGAAGACACUGCUUUCGAUUCACUCUAUUUAGCUUGGAGAGAAUCAGCCUGCUUAGAGCAAUCGGAUAACCAUGAUACGUUAAUCAAACAGGUUACAGGACCUGUCCAUACCAUCUCGGCCUCCGACUGGUCAGCCGCAGCACCGACCGACCAGCUAACCAUCUGCGUAUCUCCCGUUCGACUUCAACCAUCCGACGAAGAAGAAGGGAUAGUUCCACUCAAGCACCUCGUGGAAUGGAGGGUAUGGCACAUGUAUCAAGGUGUAGACAGCGUCCAUUGGUAUUCUCGUGACCCCAAAUUCCACUCUUGGAUCGACCAGCUCAACCAACUACUCGAUCUACAUGAUACCUACCUAGACGCUCCGAACCUCUCUCAGCAGUACGCAUUCAUGGCUAAAGAUUACGCAGAUCAAGCUAUAUAUGCAGCCGACUGUUUGAUGCGCUAUGGAUUUGAGGACAAGUUCCAAGCUUAUAUCGAUUUGGAUGAAUUCAUCACCAUCCGUCAAAACCCUUCUCGUAAUGCUACAAUACAAAGACUUGAGAGUCUAGAUAAUAAUAUCGGAUCGAUAGCAGCGGAUCAUACCUAUUAUGGUGGAGAGCCUUUGGACCUGUCUUUGCCUUAUGAAUCGGAUACGUUCCCUCCCAACGGACACACCCGAUGGGACACGCUGGAAAAACAUGAUGGUUUUCGUAGACAGAAAUCAAUACAUCGCACUUCGGCAACCAAGAUGCUCUGGGUACAUUCAUCAGCUGGUCUGGGUGGAUACUAUAUGAGGAAGGAUGAUACGAUCUCUUCAAUGGAUGAAGAUGGAUCGUUGGAGAUUGUGCACAAUAGGAAUAAUAAACCUGACAAAUUGACUUUCGAUAUACCCGUUGAUCACCAGACGAUUGAUUUGUGGAAGGAUACCUGGAUGGACCUUGCGAGAAUACUUGAUAGUAUUGAUCUCGAGCCAUUGCAUGUAUUUAGAUUAUGA